AUGGGGCUCACCAUCAACCAAAUCAGCGCCUGUGGCAGGGAGCUCUUUGUAGUCGACAUCGUCUUCACCGUUGUAACCAUCGGCUUCCUGCUGAUGCGUUUCUGGUCUGCGCGUAUCUCGAGACGCAAGCUAUAUCCGGAUGACAUCUUCGUGAUUUUCGCAUUUGUGGCUAAGUCUGUUCUGACGGGCGCGGCUUUCUGGGGCACCUUCAAUGGAUUGGGAAAGCAUAUCUAUCUGCUCAACUUACAGCAGCUUACAGUUCAAGUCAAACUGUUGCUCAUCAGUGAAUUCACCUAUACUUUGGGGACAGCCGCAAUCAAGUUGUCCAUGCUAUGCUUGUAUCAUAGGAUUUACACCACACCAACAUUUAGGCGCUGGAACUAUUUCGUGAUGGCGUUGGUCGUUGCGUAUAUUAUAACGUUUCUUCCUCUGUUGCUAACUAACUGCGUUCCUCUAUCUCAGUAUUGGGAUCCCAAGCCGGGUGGGUGGUGUCGAGACACGCUCAUAUAUGAUAUGGCCACGGUUGCUGCAAACUUCUUCCUUGAUCUUGCUGUCCUUAUUCUACCUAUGCCGGUACUUUGGUCCUUGAAGAUGUCGAUCAGGGACAAGUUGACAGUCACGGCCAUGUUUAGUAUUGGGUUUGUUACUAUCGCGCUUAUUUCUUGGCGGUCAGCUGUGACCGUAAGAACAAGAGGCUCUCCGGAUUGGACUGGGUCACUGUGUAAGGUAGGAGAAAUCGCCACGCUCGAGCUUUACCUAGGAAUCAUUGCCGUCUGUAUUCCAACGCUAGGACCAUUGUUCAAUGCCUAUAUGAAACCGGUUUUCAGCAAACUAGGCCUAACUACCAUGGGAGCCCCAAAGUCAGGGCCAAACAAUUUAUAUCUCAGGACAUGGGGUAGCUCCGGCACGAAGAAGCGAGUUCAAAACUACAGCGAGCUCAACGAGAGUGCAGAUCGUAUUGUCAGCAGGGACAAUUCGAUAAGAUUGGGUACGACGGGAGAGAGCAAAGUCGUUUCGGAGUGCACAUUCAAGCCAAAACAUGAGACGCUACUGCAGAGCCAUAGCCAAGACGGAAUCCACGUUCAGAGAGAUAUUGAGUCGCAGUAUCAUCCCAAAAAGACCCAAUACUUCGAGUAAAAGCAAACUACCAGACUAUGAGAUGGAUUUAGGCAGGCCGAGCAUUUGAGAGGGGAGGUGUAUGAAGCGACUAUUCACUUCUAUCAGAAUUACGUAUCACAGAACAUGUAUUUUCAAUAUUAUAUUGCAUAGAUGUCUCCACGAC